UUUAAGGAUUGUUACAAUUUUGAAUUCCACUCUUUUCUAUUGAUUACUAAUAUUAUGUUUUAACAUUUUAAAUUCAGACUUAAAUAUAUUUCGCUAGCUGUGACAACUAAAUGACUUGUGCAAACGUUAGGAUUUUCGUAAAAGCAUUUUAUAUAUAGAAUAAGAUCGAUGCAGAAGCAUUUGGUUUCAGUGAAGUAUUAUUAAAUUGACUUUGUUUGUGUUUUUAACGUAAUUAUGUUUUUCGAUAGGGUAAAAAAGGAGAAUAUGUUUGAGUGUGUUCAGUGUAUAGAUAGAUGUGCUUUAAAGGAUGAAAUAAAAGUGUUUUAAACCUUCAAAAUAGAAAGUAGAUUUUUCAACAAGGAAGUUAUUUGCUUCUGAAUAUAAUUCAGUGGUACAUGUACUUAAAUGACGGCGACAACCUUCAAAACAUCAUAUGACGGGCUGCUGAUGACAAUGAAACAAUUUAUCGACCAAUAACAAUUAUUCAAAUCGAACUUUCGCAUUGAAGAACGUUUUGAUUUAAUUCAUUGUAUCUUGAACUUCCAUGAGAAUUUGCCAUGGCAUCAAAGCAGAUUCAGUGUGAAAUGUGCUGUAAUGAAAAUGCGGUGGGACAUUGCAAAACUUGUGGAUACGUGGGUGAAACAUGUGUAAAUAUUCACACGAGAGGAAAGAUGUUUCAAACUCAUAUUGUCAUUAUGCUCGAGGCUGUGAAAAUGGAUAAGGAUGGUACUGAUACUCCAAAAGUCAUAUUGUGGGACAUCACAGAAGAAAGAUGUAAACAGCAUCCGACUGAGAGAGCUAUCUUUCUUUGUAACAUUCAUGAUUCCGUGAUUUGUGGCAGAUGCCUUCAUUCGGAACAUCUUUCUUGCGGAAAAGAAGUUGUUGACUUGUUGCAUGAAGUAGUUAACAUUGACUGCGAGAAAGUCAACACAAUGAAGUCCGUCUUAAAGGAGGUAAAAGAUGAAAUUCUGUUUUUGAAAGCUGAAGCAGAACAAAGCAAGGUGAGCUACAAGAAAAACGCUGAUAGAUGUAUGCAAGAAUGUAUGGAGUUAGGGAAUAAAAUUAAAAGACGGGUAGAUGAAUUGACAAGUGACAUUAUUCACGGAAUAACUAAGACAAAUGACAUAAACGCAAGCACCCAUUCCAGUAUUACUCAGACGUGUAACGAGAAAACCAAGUGGUGUGAGGAUGAAGAAAAUAAAAUUGAUGAUUUGUUUGACAAUAAUCUGGCUGGGCACUUGUACCUAAUGCACAGACAUUUUGAGAAAAAGGUUUCGGAUGCCAGAUCCCAUCUCAAAGAAAUCAAACACAAAAAUACUUUUAAAGGGUGUGACUUCAAAGAAAACAAAGUAAUACUAAAAUGCCUGUUUGAGGAUUUGGAGGAAGUUUGUGAACAACGAGAAGAAGUUACUGGGAGUGACGAUGGAAAUGCCAGCGAUGUUUUCGCAUCCACCCCGAAAAUAACCAAGACACGGCGAGAGCUCACUGUACUGUUGAAUCAGGCCAAACACGAACUAUAUAACUCAGAAAAGACACAGAAGGAACUGCGUGAUGAGCUGAAACGAGUGAAACAAGACCUUUCUCGUUCAGAAAAGACAAGAAAGCAGUUCGAGCAAGAGUUACUGAAAGCGAAACAGGACAUAUAUAUAUCUGAAAACACACUGAAGGAACUACGUGAUGAGCUGAAACGAGUAAAACAAGAACUAUAUCAUUCAGAAAAGGAACGAGCAGAUGUCAAGGCACAGCUUUCACCCCUGCAAGACAAAAUCAAGUGGACUCAACCAACUGGAACAGUUGAUGUCAAGAAUACCACUGAUGACUACGGUAGUGGUAUAAUUGAAUUGGUUUUUACAUUCCCGGAUGGCAUUCAGACGACGCACCAUCCGUUUCCGGGAAAACCGUAUAAAGGCGGCACGUUCACAGGACAUUUGUUUCCCAACUCUGAGGACGAGCUGCUAUGUAGGAUGUUAAAGGCGGCGUUUAGAAGAGGGGUGAUGUUCAUCUUGGGGAAGGAAGGCAAAGUUGUCCUGGAUGGCGUCUCAUUAUAUGAUGGAUCAGUGCACUUGUGCAGAGAUUACUAUGACUACCCCCGGACAUUGAAAGCGGAACUGGCAGCCAAAGGCAUCACAGAGGCGAACAAAGAUCAGGAAGAAAAACUAGUAGAGACUUUUACUGUCGAUGGUUCGAAGUCGCACUGAGUUCUGAAAUGAUAUGAUAGCAAGUUGUCAUGCAAAGGAAUAAAAGAGGCGCAUGUUGAACCAGACGGACACUUGGAAAUAGACGUUCUCGGUCGAUUGUCCGUAUACUGUCUUAGUUCACCUGUUGUGGAUAUUAUAUAUUCGAAUGAACUCGUGUUAAAAAUGAAAUUUUCGUGUUGUAUAAGAUGUUUACGUAGUUGUUUUAAAAAUCUAAGGACAUAAUUUGAAAUGUUAUUAACUUUGGUAGGAACUUCUACAUUUUAUGAUCAUUUUAUUUGUAUGUAAAUAAACGUUGAGACGAGUUCUAUUCCAUUGGAAGAGUAAUUGGAAGCCAUAUUUGAUAUGUGUAUCUUUGUAAGUUAGGCUUUAUCCUUGUGCCUCUUAAAACAUAAUUCGUUAUUUUGAUGUCAGCUUAUAUUCCCUUGUAUUUCCAUUGUAUGUUUGAAUGAAAAAGUUAAACAUUUUUGCUUUUGUUCAUUCCACUUUAUAACUAAUACUAUUUGGCUAUAACUGUGUUUCCAUGAUGCUUAUGUUCAAUAAUACUUCUUUAUCAGGGGAUUAUAUGUAAUCUAUAGUUUCAGAAUGUUAUAAUUGUCCAUGCGGUCUGUGUGCGCGUUGUUUUUAUGUUCGUUUUAAUUGUAACUGAUGCUAACAAUUAAGAUUGAAUAUUAAAGAAUCCUUAUAUCUACCGACGUAGAAGACGUCAAUCACCACAAACAUAUCAAACAUGCUUGCCCUGCUUUGAAGGCUCAGGUUUAAAAACAACAACAAAAGCCAAGUUUUACCUAAAGGAUACCGAAGGUAUAUUUUAAGAACAUUGGCGGGUCCAGGCUUUGAUGUAAGAUGAGGGACUUGGGGGCACAACUCAGAGUAAUAUUCAAUACACGAAUCAACAACCGGCAACAUCAGAACAUCUCCAUACUGGGCUUGAGCCGUGGUAAACUUGUUAGUAGGCGAAAUCCGUAACAGCUGGAACACGAAGGGUAGUAUAAUUAAACGUCAUGUUAAUUUGUUCUUCUUAAAAUAAUUCGUUAAGUGUAGUUAUUAGAAACAUAUACAUGAAAGUCUUCCUAGAAAAGAGGUUUCAUACAAGCCUAUGGCUUUCUCCUCAAUUCUAUAUAUUAUAUGUGUAUGUUGUAAAUGUUUAUUUGUUAUAAAAAAUAAAUUCUGUUUAAACCAAAGUCUUUCGGAUGGAGGCUUAAUUUA